CACAUGGCCGUCUAGGUCAACUCAACUGUACAUGAGUUCGCUCUCCUGAGCAAAACAUUAGUGUUUUAUAUGGUCAUUAUGACGAAGGCUGAUAUUAGACAGUUGACUUCUGCAAUAUUAUUCCGCAUUUAGCAUUUCUCAACACCCUAAUCGGCAGAAUAUACAAGCAUCUCAGACCAGAAGGUCACCAUCAGCUGUCAAUCAUGUCCAUGUUCAGCACCGGUAUCCUGGUCCUUACGUCUCCGUUACACGUUCUUCCUCUCCGCAUAGCGCCUGUACUCACAUCUGCCGCCCAGGUGGUUGAGCGCACGCUUUACGUCCAUCUCCACCCCGGCCUGAACCUGGGCACAGGUGUGCAGGUGCGGCCCGUCUACAUCCCACCCGUGGCUGAUCUUUGCACUCUCAUCUCCCGCCUUUACAGCAACGCAGCUGACAUUUGUGCUCACCUUGACGUCAGGGUUCUGCUCACUAAUGUCCGUGGCCAACCGGCACCAUUGAGCGGAAACAACGGCCCGUUCCCCACCCCACAGACGCUGUCCCACUCGCCAGAAGUCGUGCUAACAGACUUCCCCAUCCAGGAUUCAGGCCAGUCCUCGCUGGUCACCCAGUGCUUGCAGAAGUACGCAGGUCACUGCUACGUCUGCACCCCGAGUCUCUCAUCUGUGCUUCUGUACCCACGACUAAAAGAGGUUAGCGGUGAGGAAGAUGAUGAUAGAGGAGGAAGAGGUGCACAAUUAAAACCCUUAGAGACAUUCAGUGAUGUGGUUGUUGGCGGCACUUUUGACCGUCUACAUGGCGCCCACAAGACCCUGCUGAAUAUUUCCUGUCUGCUGGCCAACAGACGUUUUGUCAUUGGUGUGUGUGACCAGGAACUCCUAAAAAAUAAGGUCUUGAAGGAGUUGAUAGAGCCAUACGAUCAGCGCGUCCAGAAGCUCCAGGACUUUUUGAACGACGUGAAACCAUCGCUCAAGUAUGAAAUCGUUCCUCUCUCGGACCCCUUCGGCCCCUCUAUAACCGACCCUGAGCUGCAGUGCAUUGUGGUCAGUGAGGAGACGAGGAAAGGAGGUGAAGCUGUCAACAGGAAGCGUGUGGAAAAUGGAUUGGCUGAACUGCUUCUGUACGAGAUCCAGCUGUUGAAAGACGCCCAUCACGCUGACAUCGAGGAGGAGAAGAUCAGUUCUUCCAGCCUGAGAACACGAUUGCUGGGAACGCUGCUCAAACCUCCAUCUCCGCAGCCGGAUCUGCCUCUGGAUCCGUAUGUGAUUGGUCUGACGGGCGGCAGCGGGUCGGGCAAGAGCUCAAUAGCACACAGACUGGAGGGUCUCGGUGCCGUGCGGAUCGACUGCGAUCAGCUCGGUCAUGAGGUGUACCUGCCGGGAACAUCCGCGUACCAGAACGUCGUCCAGGAGUUCGGUCCAGAUAUUGUCAAUGAGGAUAAGACCAUUAACAGACGAGUACUGGGGGGAAAAGUAUUUGGUAACCAGGAGCGUCUGAAAGCUCUGACAGAUAUCGUGUGGCCGGAGAUUGCUCUGCUGGUGAAGAAAAGAAUAAAACAAGCAAAAGAACAGGGUAAGCGUGUUUGCGUGGUGGAUGCGGCUGUGUUGCUCGAGGCGGGAUGGACAUAUUUGGUGCAUGAGGUUUGGGUGGCCACCAUCCCAGAGGAAGAGGCAGUGAAGCGUAUAGUCCAGCGUGACGGUGUGAAGGAGGAAGACGCCUUGAGGAGACUGAAGAGUCAGUGGCCGAAUGCAAAGCUGAUAGAACAUGCUAACGUAGUGCUGUGCACACUGUGGGAACCUGAUGUUACUCAGAGACAGGUAUUGAAAGCCUGGAAUCUUUUACAGCAUCGGAUUCAAAAGAGGCAAGAGACAACCAGAUCUCCACUCUGAGUGCUCGACAGACUCUGUUAAAGCAUAACCAGAUCAACACUUUCAGAAUUUUGUAAAAUACAUUUGACGUUUUUUCUUAAUUGAUCAUUUCAGAAGCAUAAACCUGUUUUUUUUUAUCAUUUAUCUUUUGUUGAAUCAAAAGUCUGCAUUCUUCAUAAGCAAAUGAGCCAGUAUCAGUUAUAGCUCUUUUAAUGCCGUGAAAUAGUUUUCACAGAAAAUAUCAUGAGCUCUUUUACAUAGUUUACCAAUUAUUCUUGUGCCUAUUGUCAGAAAUAUUGUCAGUUUAUAUUUAGUUGUCACCUUCUCAUUUUACUUUGAAGUUAUUUUCACUGAAAAAGGCUUUUGACAUGAUUGUGGUGUAGAUUAUACAUGAAGAUAAUUAUUAAUCUAUAUUGUGCCUCCUGAAUACCAAAGUUAAAAAAAAAGUCAGAUUAACCCAUAAUAGACAACUCAGUGAUUCAAAGCAAAAUAAGUUGUGAUUUUUUAUAUAACAGCGAACAAUUCUCUAUGAAUAUAGUUUUAAAUUAGCCAUUAAAAAUAAAACUGGUAUCUUAAUUUUAUAAAACUUUAAUGCAUUCAUUCUUCAUAUAUACACAUAUGCAUGUACAACAAAUGUAACUUUUUAAAAAUGUCUUUCUCUGUAUUAAAUACCAUGUCCAACUUC